UCGCCACCUCCUCCCCGUCCCUGCGCGGCUCCUCCUGCCGUGCUCUCCUAUUCUACUCUCCUGCGCUCUUCCUGUCUUGCCUUUGCCGCCGCCUCCCGGCGGAGAGCGCACCCCUGGCCGUGAGGGGCGCGGCCCACACGGGCGAGCGCCGCCCGGCUGAGGGGGGUGCCCGGUGCAAGCCCCGACAAGCGGGGUCUGCGCUGGGUAGGCUGACCUCAAGCUGCGCUCUCUAGGCGGUUUCCCUCGGCCGCUGCAAGGAGUGGUGGUGUGAAUUACUGAGGUGAAGCGGCCUGAGAAGUCGAGCCGCCGAUAUUUCACUGUUUCACAGCCUUUAUCUUUAUACACACGCCCAGCGUCGUGCCGGUGGACUCGCUUGUGGGAGCGCGCUCGGUGCGCGGGAGGAGCCGGGAGCCCGCGGGGCUUAUCCGCAGCCACACCUGCACGAGUGUGCUCCUUGCUGCUUGCGUUUGCCCCGUUUUCACCAGUGGCAUUCUUUAUAAAUUCUAUAAACAGCUCCUUAAAGAAAUCAAUAACUCGCCACAACUGUAUCCCUUUCUUUGUUAAUACUACAAAACAAAAAAAACUUGUCCCCCAAAACUGCAAAUAACUUGCGGCUGUAUCAAAGAAGAAGCAGUGGCAAGUAUAUCUUGUCUACAUUUGAAUUUCCAAAACUUGUAUGGUUUUGAAAGUGAACAAAGGACUGGAAAUUGGAAUAAUCCACACAUUUCUUUGAGUAAGAAGUAACUAUGGAACGAAGGCAAAGAGGAGUCAGUGCUGGACUGCUUUUGCUGCUUUAUCAAAUUUCUCAAGUUGGACUCCAGAACAUUCCUGCUGUUACCCUUGGGGUUCUUGUGCUGAAUAUUUUUCUCUUUCUGAAUCCUUUGAGGCCACUGUCUGAAGUGUGUCUCAGUGUAAAUGAAGCUGUCCACAGAAAGAACUGGCAGCGUUUGCUGCUUGCUCCUUUCCACCAUGCAGAUGAUUGGCAUUUGUAUUAUAACAUGAUUUCCAUGCUUUGGAAGGGCAUAAUGCUGGAAAGAAAGCUGAAGAGCAUAUGGUUUGCCUACAUAAUUGCAGUAUUUUCAGUACUGAUUGGAGUAGUUUACAUGGUGCUGGAACUCUUGCUUGUGGUAAUUCUGGAUGAUCCUUCCUUUGAAAUGAAUUGUGGCGUAGGUUUUUCAGGAGUCUUGUUUGCUUUGAAAGUUCUGAACAACCAUUAUAACCCAGGAAGAGUGAGCAAUGUCUUUGGGUUGCCCAUAUCCAGUAAAUAUGCUUGUUGGGUGGAGCUGGUGGCUAUUCAUUUAAUCUCCCCAGGGACUUCUUUUGCUGGGCAUCUGUCAGGGAUUCUUGUUGGAUUGAUGUACACUAUGGGACCUCUGAAAAAGAUCAUGCAAGCCUGUGCAGCUGGCAUUUCUUUCUUCACUGAGCCUGACAGGCCAAGAGACUACUAUUCAGAAUAUUAUGGCUAUUAUCCAGAUUAUCAAUACAGAACUCCAAGGAGCUACUUUGAUUAUACAGGUGGGCUCACUGAAGAAGAACAGCUUGAAAGGGCAGUGCUAAACAGUCUUAGUGAAAGAGAUUUUGGUGGAGGAACACGCAGUUAUGGGCAGCGACCUUAUGGGUUUUGGUUCCCACCUGAGAACUCAGAAGAGGACAUGAGAAGGCGAAGGCUUCGUAGGUUUGACAGAUGAUGAAGUUGGCAGGUGUUGAUGUAAAGUGCUAUUCAGACUUACCAAAAUAUGUACAGAUUUAUUUGUAAUCUGUAAUUUCCAGAAUAAUUUAUAAUCUUUUUCCAUUAUUUUUACUCCUUGUUGCAAAACUGCAUAGGAUUUUGUGAGUUCAGACUCAAAGUUGGAACUUGAAUAAGAAAUGUGAGAUAAGAAUCAAAAUGUGAUCUUCGGCUGUCUCCAUCUUAAUGCACCUUAAAUGGAAGAAGGCUGAUGGUUUUUCCAAACUGUCUUUUUUCCCUUAAAUUAUUUUGUAUAGCUUUAAGAAUUCCUUGGCUUCUUGACUGUUGAUGUUCUCAGACAACAGGUUUUCUUCCUUCAUUGCAACUGAAAUGUUACAUUUUCUAUGUAACUUUAAAGCUAUGCAAUUUUUCCCUACAAACCUUUCUCAGUUAUCUGAGAUGACCAGCUCAUUUUUUGGGAUUGCCAUGUGAAAUGACACUUGAAAAGAUUGCUUUGAUGACAGGGGCUGGGUCAUGUGAAUCUAGGCUUAAGCUCUUGAGCAGUCAAAUAGUUGCAGCUAUCCUUCCCCUGUUGUCCUUACCAAGGAAUUAUUUAAUACAAACUUCAGUGUUGCAGUCUUCCUCACACCAUAUUAUAUAGAGCUUGGAUGAGAUAAAACUGAGUUGUUACUACUUAUGUUUUCCUAAAGCUUUUCUUAAUAUUUAUGUUCUAAAUCAAAAAUUGCUGCCCUUUACAGAGCUGAAAUAAUUUGUUAGGAGUUUUUUGUAAAGAUAUGUGGCUAUGCCAUACAAAGCAUAUAUUUGUUUAGUAAUAUACUUUUUUUAAAGCAUCUAUUUCCCUUUCUAAGAAGCUUGGAAAUUUUAUUUUGUAUAUGCUGUUCAUGCAGCUUUACAAAUUCCGCUAUUUCUCAAUAUUUAUCUUGUUUGAAGACCAGUCUGAGACCUGAGAGUUUGUAGACUUGUGGAGAUCAUACCUAAACACCAGCUACCUUGAAGUCUUCAUUUUUGAGAAUUUUCUUACUCAACCAGAGGAGUCCUGAGAGCUCAGUUGUCCCUCUGGGCACACCCUCCACACAAGGCUGUCCUGCCUGUGGCACUGCUGCCUCUUCAUGUUAACUGAUGAACCUCGAGGGCUUUGGUUCCAGUAUUGCCCUGAAAAUCACUCCUUGUCCAGGCAUUUUAUCCUCAGAAUGAAAGAACUUGGGGAUGUUCCUCUAAAACUAUUGCAGAGAGGUGUGAUUGCAGAAGAAUAAUUUGGUUAUUGGCUUUUGACACAGACCUGUUGGAAUCUCCUCAUCAGCACUGAUGGAGUAGAGGAUUAGGAUAAGCAGUUGAAGGGUUUCACCAACCUGUGCUUUAUGAAGUCUACUUUUCUAUGAGGUUAUUUUUUGAAUAUAAAAAACAAUGCUGCAUAUUUCAUACAGAAAAAUACCCUGAAAGGAAAUUUUUUACUGUGUUCUUUAAAUAAAUAGUACCUGCUCUUUCUGUGUGCAGCUAUUGUAUGUAGGGGAAGCUCUUGUUUGCUGGGAAAAGCACAAUAUCAGGAUGCAGGGCUUUGGGCUCGGGGUUUUGGGACACAACAGGCACAACUGCAAUGUCACUCCAGGUACAGGCAGAAUGCUGAUUUCUGGUGUGUUCUUGGGCUUGUUUGGUUUUGUAUAUAUGCAAUAGCCAUAGAAUAAAACAGCAGACACUUUUAUAGAAGGCCAACUUUUUUAUGUUCAUUGAAGAUAAGUCUCAAAAACCUGUAUAUUUUUCUCAGCAGGUAAUAAUUGGAUGUAAAUGAGAAGGAUGUACCAUUGGUUCCUCAGAAAUCCUUUAAUGCUCUGGUCAAAAGUUGCAGUGUAAUAUACUGUGUGUGCUAAACUCUGAUAUUUUUCUUAUUUAAAAGCACAGGAUGGGCUGCUGGUCAGGUAAAAAAGGAUACUUAAGGUAAAUCAAAAACCUGAUUACAAUUCUGUAAGCACUUGGUUUUGUAAAGUGAGUUUAGACAUACAUGCCAUUAAAUAUUCACAAAAAUGUCAGUACUAAUAAAUGUUCAGUUGUUUUGACAUUUGUUUUUUGUAUACAGAAUUGAAAUAAAUAUUUUUUUAA